AUGCACUAUAACCAGCUAGGCGAGCAAGGCGACACAGAGCUAUUUCAGUUUCUGGCCAACGCCCCAAAGGAGUUUCGGGAAGGAGAGCGGAUUCGCAAAUACCAGCUGAAGAAUGGCGACUAUAUUCAUUGCAUUCUUUGGAACAUGCACUUCUAUAUAACGGGAACAGACAUUGUUAAGAUUCUGGUCUGGCGAUUUCAGAACGCAGGUCGGCAUAUUACCAGUCAUAAGAAGUUUGAGGAAGGCGUCUUCUCAGACUUGCGCAACCUCAAGCCUGGGAUUGAUGCUAUUCUAGAGUCGCCAAGAUCGGACUUCUUGGAGUUCCUUUACAAGAAUGGGUGUAUUCGCACUCAAAAGAAACAGAAGGUCUUCUUCUGGUACUCAGUGCCGCAUGAUGCUUUGUUCUGUGAUGCCCUGGAGAGAGACUUAAGGCGCGAGACCAAUUUGUACACAUAUAGUAAGUACAUGUACGGUAUGCCAGGAGGGCCGCGGCCACAGGCCUUUAUGCCGCAGAAACGGGCUUUGAAGACCUACAUUCGCGAUGCCAAGGCCGAGGAGAAGAAAACGUACCCGGCGCCAAAGCCAGUUGAGAUAUCCGAAAAGCCGACAAGUGAUAUGACGAUUGAUUUAUUCAAAGACUCGCACCUGCCCAAUCCUUCGCCCUUUACGGCUGACUCUUCGUAUACCUCGCACAUUCAGAAGUUCAUUCAGCCAAGUAAAAAGACCACCGGGAUGGAGUACAACUUCAACGAACUGGACUUGUUUGCUGAGGAUUCGGCCUUUAUUGAGAGUAUUGUGGGGGAGAGCUUCUCGUUUUCACAGCCUUUUGAAAAAGCUCUUAUCUUUGAUGCUGGUUGCAGUGAUAAAAAACCCGAUUUGGAAGAGUUCUCGUUUGUGAAUCCAAAGAAACUUACCUCAGGUAGUGGCAGUAGUUGCCAGCGAGGUUGA